UUGUGAAUUUGCCAGGUGGUGGGUCAUCUGCUGUUUACAGUGUGGAAAAACAACCUGGUAAUUUAUCUUUUUCUACUUGAACCAUUUUCAACCCCUCCCGGCAGACGGAAUGGGAACGAUGGUGGUUUCGAAUUGCCGAUGGUACCUUGGAGCAAUGAGCACAACAUGCACUGCAUUUGCUCUGUACCCUGUCAAACUGUUGCUGCUUUAUGCUGUAUUUGGCAUCCUAACCAUUCAUUGCUUUGGUGGUGAAAAGGAGUCCCUUGACCUGAGUGGCACCAACAGGAGUGUGGCUAACAGCAGGUGGGCCCGGUCCGUGAGCAACCUGCCACAGCCCCGCGACUGCACGCUCUCCGCCUGGUCCUCAUGGAGCAAGUGUGAUCCCUGUCAGAAGAAAAGGUACAGAUUUGCCCACCUGGAACAACCUUCUCAGUUCAAUGGAGAUCCGUGUGAUUACUCUGACAAAGAAACUGAAGACUGUGUUACAAAUAAUCCUUGCAGGAAUAAAGUUAGAUGUGAAGGUUUUCUGUGUGCAGUUACAGGGCGAUGCAUUACACGGAGGCUGCUUUGUAAUGGGGAUGAUGACUGUGGGGACCAGUCAGAUGAAAAGAACUGCAAAAAAGUGUUUAAAAAAUGUGACCAGAAGAUGGAGCAAUACUGGGGAAUAGAGAAUCUGGCAAAAGGGUUAAAUAUCUUCACAAACAACUUGGAAGGAUUAGUUCUUGAUCACAGGUAUUAUGCUGGGGGAUGUUCUCCCCAUUAUAUCAUGGACACAAGAUUCAGAAAACCAUACAAUGUAGAAAGCUAUACGCCAGAGACCAAAGGCAAAUAUGAAUUCACAAUGACUGAAUAUGACUCCUACUCAAAUUAUGAAAGCAGUGUCCUGGAGGCAAAAGCUUCUCAGUCUAGCUUCAGCUUUGGUAUAAAAAUACCAAGAGUGUUUGAACUUGGUUACAGUUCGAACGACAACAGGUUCAAGAAGUUCAUUCAAAGGAUGAAAAGAUUUUCUUCAACUUCCAGCAAAUUCAUUCAUGCUCGUUCUGAGCUGGCUGUUGCCAUUUAUAAGCUGAAGCCUCGAGGUCUGAUGCUGCAUUACGAGUUCCUGCAGAGACUCCAUCAGCUCCCGUUAGAGUACAGCUAUGGCGAGUACAGGGAGCUCUACAGAGACUACGGGACCCAUUACAUCACAGAGGCUACCGUCGGUGGCAUCUACGAAUAUACUUUAGUCAUGAACAGCAAUGAGCUCCAAAAGGCAGGCUAUUCUCUGAGCGAUGUCCAGAAAUGUGCACAGUAUAGCUUUAACAUUGGUGCAAGUAUUGUUGUCUCUCUGAAGCUUGGAAUAACUGAAGCCGGCUGUAAAUCCCUUUUAAAAGAGAUUGGAGACAGCACCUCCAAAAAACAGUAUGUGGAAGAUUUCAUUGUCCUCGUUCGUGGCGGAGCAAGUGAACACAUUACCGCAUUGGCUUACAAAGACCUGCCGACGGCUGCACUCAUGCAGGAGUGGGGAGAUGCUGUACAGUACAACCCUGAAAUCAUAAAGCUAAAGGCAGAGCCGCUGUAUCAGCUGGUGACUCCAACAGAUUUUGCUAAUGCAAUGGCAAUAAAAGAAAAUCUGCGGCGGGCCCUUGAUGAGUUUCAACUGGAGACCAGUUCUUGCCGCUGUGCUCCAUGCCACAGCAACGGGAUUCCCUUUCUGCAAGGAACCAAGUGUGAAUGCUUAUGUCCCCUUGGCUACAGUGGCACUGCCUGUGAGAUCAGCAAGAGGAAAGAUGCUGCUGUUAAUGGAAACUGGGGGUGCUGGGCCAGCUGGUCUCCAUGUUCAGGAGGUCAACGAACGAGGAGACGACAGUGCAACAACCCUGCACCGCAAAACGGUGGUUCAUUAUGCUCAGGGCCAGAUGCUGAGACAGUUACUUGCUAGAGGGAAUCAUUAGGAACUUACUCAAAAAUGAUGAGCAGUUUGCAAACCAAGUGGGAAGAUGUUGCCUGACUGGCUUGCUCAGUUGGCCUCACUCUCCUUAUGGGCCUCAUCGAAGUAUGUUGAAGUUGCAAACAUUUCAGAAGGCAAUGGGAGCGGGGUGUGUGUUAUGUAUCACACCUUCGGACAUGCUUUGCAGUUGUCCUAUGGGAUUGAAUGUACUUACUGUUCUUAAUAUGUUGACUUUUCUCUCUCUUUAUUGAAAUGGACUGAGACAUGCUUUAUCUCCUGCCUUAUUUGGUAGCUGCAUGAUUUUGAAUUGUAUUGUCUUGUUUUUGAAGGUUCCUUUGAGACAAGAAAAGACUGUUUGAUCUUACGUGCACCAGAAUGUGCGCUAAUAUGCAGCUUCUGUGAAGACAGCUGUGUCAUGUGGAGCAAAAUACAGCAUAUUAAAGUCUAAAUCUCAGUGAGUGCAGCAGUAUCUAAUGUGACAUUUAAAGCCGCUGUGCCUCACUACCCCAGUUCCCCAAUUUAUUAUAUUUAACUUACAUUGUUUGUUGUAUGAGAAAUUGUCUUGAAGGAGCGAAAACCAAAUUGUGAAGAACAGUCUGGUGACUCCAAAGCACUGUUAGACUCUAUAGCAGUGGUACUCUCACUGCAGCGAUGAGCUUCCACUUGUGCAUUUCUGAAGUAGAACAGGUACACUGAGAGUAUUGGAUACACCCGGGUACACUCAGAUAUGCCCAGUGCUCUGGUUCCUUGGGAAGGGGAGGAAGGACAGAAGGAUGCUACUGGGAUGGGGAGCUGGAAAGCAGCUGCUGCUCCUUCUGCUGCUUGGGGGUAUUGGAAGCCAGGAGAGAUGGAUACACUUGCAGCAGAUGCUGAACAUCCUUCCCCCUGACUAGGGGCGGUCACAAGACUGUCUGCUGGAGCAGGAUGAGCAGGCAGCUUUUCUGUAAUUCUCUGUCAUGGGCAGGAUAAAUGGAACAUUUUGGAAAAAAUGUCUUUGCACAUCCCCUGAGGUCUUCUGCCCUUAAUAGUUGCCUCUGCCCCAAACAGGCUCUGGAUCAUCUGUCUGAUCCCACGAAAGCCUGUAUUUCAGCAACCAUAUUGCUCGUCUGCUCAGGUUAGGACAUCUGAGAUGGAGAGAGUCUGCUAUGAAAAGAGCCAAAGCAAAGUGAAUGGUUUGCCUGUUGUUAGUGUACCUGGAGCCGUGCAUCGCAAUCCAGGUCAAACAAAAGAGGACCUUGUAAUAUUGUGCUCCCUUUCAUGACUGACCUGAGCCUGGCUCAUUCCAGGGACUUGCCUCCUACAGCUUCAUUGGUGGUUAAUGAUUUUUGCAAAGACAUUUGGUGGAGCCUACUGUAAAAUAACCAGCAAUAGCUUUGCUCCAGGAAAAAAAUUCCACCAGCGCAAAGUUGUUCCUAAGUGUUGUGAGUCUUCUAACAUCUGCAAGGUCAAACACUCUUCCGAGGGUUUUUAGCAAUGCUGGUGAUGAUGGGUUGGUAUCACCAGUUUCUCUCCUUUCAGACUGACAUUGUCUAAAUGUAAUUCUUGUAAGAACAACUCAGGCUCUCUGACAUCUCAACAAUGGAACAUGCAUUUAGUUGUAGCCCUCAUGCCGCCUCCACAUUUAUUGACAAGGUUUCUGUGACAGCUUUAAGAAAGGAGGAGCACAUUGCAUAUGUAAAAGAAGAGUGUUCUGUAGUCAUUAUGGGCUUCGUAAUUGAGCUGCCAACCCAAAACAUUUCCAUUAUCCACUGUGUAACUGUGAUAUCCUUUGUGUGAUAAAAAUUUGCCAGGAGGUUCAUUUUGGGUCAUGGUCAAAGAGGUCACUGCUUGUGCUAAGUAUGAUAUUCUUCAAAGCUUUUUAAAAGGACACUGGAGAAGCCCUGCAGCAGAGGACCCUGAUCAUGGUUCAUGGGUGCCUGUGAGGACACAUACCCCAGUGUGGUUGCUUGCCCUGCUUGAGAAGCAUCAAUGUAAUCUGAUUCAAGGACUUUCUCAGAUGAGUAGAGUGGCUUUUGUAAAUUUAACCACCUUUCCUCAUCAUCAAGCUGGAGUAAGCACUCUGACACAUAGUCAUGGGGUGUCUAUCCACUGCUGCAGCAAGCAGGGCCAAAUGUAGCAACCUGAAUUUGGACUGUUCCCUCAUCAGAAAAGCCCAGAUUUUCUGAAAUGGCGGUGCCUGGGUUUCAAUAUUCAGGGUUGGGGUUUUUUUGAGGAACAGAGGAGAGAUUUGACAAUCUUCAAGAUCAGCGGGAUAGCCUAACUGAAGUACAAUUUCAGCAGUGGUUGAAUAUUGAGCCUAUAGGCUUAGAAGCCUCACAUAAAGGACAUAACUUUAUCUUGUCCUUGUGAUUUUGUGCUUUGAUUCAAAUAACUAAUAAUUUAUUAGGACCUGGAGGAUAAUAAAAAAUACUAUGCUGAAGCUUUUAUUGUUUCAUUUCGGUACGCAUUAAAUUUUGGUACUAUCUUUUA